GGAGUCUGAGGGUUGGGGAUUUGAGACAGGGAUGUGGGCAUAGAAGAAAAAAGUAGAUGCGUUGUAUCUGCAAGACUCAGGUCUGCAGGGCGGCCCAGGGUGGCCAGCCUUGGCCCAUGCAUGGACGUCUUUCCUGCUGUGUGCAGAAGUGCCCACUCCCCCCUGGUCCAGGUCUGGCUUAUGGAGUCCCCAGAUGGAAUAGGCCAGGCCAUGGUGGUCCUUGGCCUGGGCCCCUAACUGCCUGUAUCCAUACUGGGUGUGGAGAUGAGGAGGCUCAAGUUAGGGGAGCCAGGGGCAUCUUCCCAAGCCAAUUCCAGGCCCUCCAUAUGAGCCCCAUUCAGCCCCUCAGGCCCCUUAAGCAUGAGACCCCCAGAAAUUGCUCUCCGACUCACGGGUGAGGCCGCAGGCCCAGACUGGUAACUGUGCUUCUGCACCAGCCCCUUUCCCAGGAAGGGGAAGAAGCAGGCUUUCGCAGACCCCAGCAGUGCCGUGAGGCGGGGCCGGGCAUCGACAGUGCUUUUCCGGCUACCAGACAAGCAGGGCUAGACGCUGGGCCGAUUGUCCCCGUUUCUCUUUUGGGCAGGGAGGUGGCCUAUGGAAUGGCUGAGCCUGGUUCUAGAAGGGAGGAAGGUAGCCCAGGAGGGCCAGGGGCUGCUGGGCAGGGGCCUGAAUUGAGGGGUAGCCCAGGGGAGCAAGCCCUGUGGCUGGGAGCAAUGGGAGCUGGCAGCAGGGAGCUUCCUCGCUGCCGCAGCUUUGGCGGUGACAGAACCAGAUGAAGCUGAGUGCGGCCCAGGGCCCUGUCUGCUGGCUUCAUUUGGCCCCAGCUGCUGCCAGGGAAACUGGUGCCUGCCCCUCCAUUGCAGUGCCUGGGGUCCUCCUACAGUGUAGACAGUGCCUGGCCCUGAGGGUGUCCUUCAGGCCCAGGACAAAGGUCCCCAGAUCCAACUGGGACUGGGUGUUCUGUGGAUGAUGCUCCCUGCAGCCACACGACCCCUCUGCCAGGGGUUGAGGAGGAGCAGCGCGGGGCCUGGCCCUCUGAGCACCGGCGCUGACCCUGCCCACUUCUGCACAGCCCCACCGUCCUCUGCUUCAAGGCUGGAACCCCACAGCGUGGCCAUCACCUUCCUCAGGAUGCCAGCCAGCGAGGGGAGGGUAGAAACCUCUCCCCCUCUUCCUUCACAGGGAUGCCCUGGCUGCCACAAGGAUCCAGGAUGGACACAGGGACAUUGUCACCUUGGACCAUGAACCACCCCCCUUCCUCCCCUCAGGGAGUCCCUUGGUGGCCUUGUGGCUCAGCCAGCAGUGGGGGACCAUCCCGUGGCAUCUGAAACAUCGGCCCAGUGCAUCUUCUGCAGUCCAACCCACAGACAGGAGCAGCCUCACCCCAGCAGAUGGAAAUCUGGGUCACUGGGCUUCCUGCUUUCCCCACUCUGCCACAGACAGGCCCAUUCUCUCUCCUGGGCACCUCGCUGGCCUCGGCUUCUGCUCAGGGUGGCGGAAGGGUCAUACCUGACGUGGCUGGGGCCUCCACUGCCUGGGUGUCCAAGGCCUUCCCAGCUCUGCAAGCUUCUCCCCAGUGCCUUGUCUUCCCCAGCACCCUCGGUCCUGUCUGGGCCAAGCUGGCCUUCCCGGCCCAGGCACAGCACACGCACACUCAGUGCGUUUCCCCUGCACUCUGCCUGCGGUCACACAUACACGCACACACUCUGCCUGCAGUCUCACACACACACACACACACACUCUGCCUGCAGUCUCACACACACACACACACACACUCUGCCUGCAGUCACACACACACACACACACACUCUGCCUGCAGUCACACACACACACACACACUCUGCCUGCGGUCACACGCACACACUCUGCCUGCAGUCACACACACACACACACUCUGCCUGCAGUCACACACACACACACACUCUGCCUGCGGUCACACGCACACACUCUGCCUGCAGUCACACACACUCAGUGCGUUUCCCCUGCACUCUGCCUGCGGUCACACAUACACGCACACACUCUGCCUGCAGUCUCACACACACACACACACACUCUGCAGUCACACACACACACACACACACUCUGCCUGCAGUCACACACACACACACAGUGCGUUUCCCCUGCACUCUGCCUGCAGUCACACAAACACACACACACGCACGCACACACUUUGCCUGCAGUCACACACACACACACACACUGCCUGCAGUCACACACACACACAUUCUGCCUGCAGUCACAUACACACCCACAGUGUGUUCCUCCUGCAAUCCUGCCUUUCCCUUUGCAUCAUUCAGAGUCUCACAGAUGACCCAACUGGGCACACCCUAAGCUUUGACUUUGCCUCUGGUACCCCUAGCGAGAGCCAUUCCUCAGCUAACCCUGUGCUCUUUGAGGUCUCCUGGGUCCUAGGCUGAAGCCAUUUCCUAUAGAGAAGCUUCCUCCAUCCCUUCUGAAGCACAAAUGUCAGUGUCCUGGGCCAGGAGAGGUCCCCAUCCCCUCAGUCAGACAGACUGGGCUUGGCUGAGAAACGAAGUGUGAGAGAGAAAACAAAACUGGCCUCUGUUUCCUUCCCCGUGGCAAGCUUGGCCAGCUCCCAGCAGCCCAGGGCCUCUGGGGGCAGGGGAACAGUUUAAUCUCUUCCUUUGUUUAUAAAUUACCCAAGAGCAGGAGCAGGUGGAAUCAGGGACCAGGUUGGGUGGGGGGUGUGCUGGGAAGUGUCCUGGCAGCCGCCAGGGGCUGGGGGAGACUCCUGAGGCCUGGGUGGGGCUGCUGUGACCUGGGCUCCAGGAGAACCAGGGGCCAACUGGUGUCUCGCAGCAGUGGAGCAGGAACUGGUACAAAUGCUGCCCUCUACUGGUGCUGGAGAGGUAGCUGUGGGCAGGAAAGGAUUUGAGCCCGGGACACAGGCCCAGUGGGCAGGAAUCAGGAGGGAGUUCCUAAUUCAUAUUGAAUUCAGUUCCUCUUUCAAGGAGGCUGCCAGAGUGGGGGUGCCUCCAGCCGGGCCCCUCCCAACCCCUGCAGGGUCUGGACUGGGGCGGGGCUUCAAGCCAGCUCAAGGAUGCCAUUUGCAUUUGGGAAUUUUUCACGUUCUCUAUUUAUGAAUAUGUAGAACUUUAUAUCAAAUCUAUUUUUUAAAACAUGGAGAAGUUGCCUUCGUGGAAACAGCAGAGCCAGAGUGGACGCAUUCCUCAGCGAUUAAACAGGUUUCUCUUAA